AUGGCUCAGGUCGGAGUCGCAAAUCUGUCGAGCAAUUGGAAGAGACUACAGCAGACACUCAAACCGAAACCCAAGUCCGAUGACUCGAGUCUGGGCGUGAAGCGCAAGAGGACAACCGAGUCGCAAGACGAAAAGCCAAAGAAGUUCCACAGCUCCUCGAAUGGAACAAAGAGACCAAGAACUGAGCUGAGCAAGCCAUCUUUUGCUCAGAGAAGAUCCAAGAUGGGCGUUUCUUCUUCAAAGUCAUCAGCUUCGACACCGAGAAGCGCAUCCAAUGCCGAACCUUCCACUAACCCUGAGGAUGUCGUUUCUACACGCACCUCUACCGACUCUCUGGUCAACCAAGGUCUUCACCCUACACACAAGCCCGGAAAGUUCCUAGCCAUCGAUUGUGAAAUGGUCGGCACUGGUCCUCUCGACGACAACGUCCUCGCGCGCGUGUCCAUCGUCAACUUCCACGGCGAACAGAUUUACGAUAGUUUUGUACAGCCUGUACCAGGCGUCGAAGUUACAGAUUACCGCACCUUUGUCAGUGGUAUUCGACCUCAUCACCUGAGACCAGACGUCGCUCGCCCAUUCUCCGAAGUACAGAAAGAGGUGGCCGCACUGCUGGAAGGGAAGAUCUUGAUUGGACACGCAGUCAAGAACGAUUUGGAUGUGCUGCUGCUCUCACACCCGAAAAGAGAUAUUCGUGAUACAUCCAGACACUCGACAUUCCGCAAGAUGUCAAUGGGUAGAGCACCCGCCCUGCGCAAGCUAGCUAAGGAGUACCUUGGUAUGGAAAUUCAAGCUGGAGAGCACAGUUCAGUUGAGGAUGCAAGAGCAACCAUGAUGUUGUUCAAGCUUGAAAAGGAGGCAUUUGAGAAGGAAGUCAAGCAAAAGUAUGGAGCCGCCAUUAGAAGGGAGGAGAAAUUGAAGCAGCAAGCGGAGGAAAAGAAGGCUAGGAAGGAAGAACAGAGGCUAGCAAAACAGAACGCAGAAGGUUCUGACUCGGAUGAGGAUGAGGACGGGUCUGACAAUGAAAGCGAGGAAGAGCUGGAUGACGAGGGCAACGUGAUUGCACCACCGACCGUCGUCAAGAAGAGCAAAAAGUCAAAGAAGAACAAGAAGCGCAAGAAGAGAACCAAGCGUGCUUGA